UAUUGCCCAGGAUUGCUGGAGUACCCGCAGAGCUGCGUCGGACUGUACCCGAGGUGUGCCAUGGGCUGUAUCCAGAGUAUUAGCUGCAAAUCCAAAGUUUUCCGGGAAAGCAUUUCAGUGAUUGAAGUCAAAGCCUCCAUCGAUCCCAUUCCCACCAGCAUCGACGAGUCCUCCAGCGUGGUCCUGCGCUACCGGACCCCUCACUUCCGAGCCUCUGCGCAAGUGUUGGUGCCCCCUCUGCCCAAGAAGGAGACCUGGAUCGUGGGCUGGAUCCAGGCUUGCAGCCACAUGGAAUUUUACAAUCACUACGGGGAGCAGGGAAUGUCGAGCUGGGAGCUUCCAGACCUGCUGGAUGGUAAAAUCCAGGCUAUCAGCGACUCGGACGGAGUCAACUACCCCUGGUACGGCAACACCACCGAGACCUGCACCAUCGUGGGCCCCACCAAGAAGGAGGCCAAGUUCCAGCUGAGCAUGAACGACAACUUCUACCCCAGCGUCACCUGGGCAGUGCCGGUCAGCGAGAGCAACGUGGCCAAACUCACCAGCAUCCACCGGGAUCAGAGCUUCACCACCUGGCUGGUGGCCACCAACACUGCCACCAGCGAGAUGGUCACCCUGCAGACCAUCAAGUGGCGCAUGAGGCUGGGCAUCGAGGUGAACCCCAGCCGGCCCCUGGGGCAGCGUGCCAAGCUGCAGGAGCCCUCUGCUCAAGAGCAGCCCCAGGUCCUCAGCAAGAAUGAGCCAAUACCACCCAGUGCCCUUGUCAAACCCAACGCCAAUGAUGCUCAGGUGCUCAUGUGGAGGCCAAAGGAUGGACCACCCCUGGUGGUGAUACCUCCCAAACACCGAUGAUACCAACCUGGCAUCCUGGCAGCAAGAGGGAGAUUGAAAAGACAACACAGAACAAAACCAAACCCCAACCACCAAACCCUGAAGCAAAACAACCACUUAGGUAUUAGGAACAGAGCUGGAAGCAGAGCAAGCUCCAAAUGCACUUUUUUCUUCAUUCAACAAAUGCAACCAUUCUACCUUCUCCCAUUGGGACGGAUUUCACUGUGCUAAAGCUCAAGAGGAGACCUUGGACUGGGCUCUGUCUCAUCACUGGAUUCCUAAGGGAAGGAAUUUACCACUGAUGUCUACCCAGAGAGCUUUGAUUUGAUUUGGAUUUUUUUUCCCCCCCUCCCCUUCUCCUUUCCUACUUUAUUUCCUGGUUGAACUUCAAUCCCAUCAGCUUGUCCAGGCUGCCCAGAACAAGAACAUUUUAUUUGGAAUUC